UGCAACUUUUGACUGCGCUUGUGCUCGAAGACGUGGGUAUCGAUUGUUCAUGCCUGUUUUGAUUUUGUCAUAUUUUCCUCGAGAAAAAGAAGGCACCAUGGAAACACAGAUGUCCACAAAGACUUAGACAUCAUCAUAAUUCAUGACCACCCAAGCUUUUGCCAUGCUGAUUGUUUAUAAUAAGACUGUCUGAUACAAAUAGUGAUUUUAUGCAGCGCAGGAGUUAUUUUUAGCUGCUAAGCUGGAAGCUAGCGUAGCCGCAUUCAGUAGUGGGCUCUUUUGCUCGGCCCUACUAGCUAGCUAGCUAGCUAGCUAACCUAGGUUACUGCUACUUAACAUUACCACCGCGUGAAUAAUUUUGUAUUCCCAUUGGUAUUUAAUUUUAUAGUCAUUCUUCAUAAAUUGACGAUGGAUACAGACAAGUUCAACUAUGUGUACAGUUGCGACCUAGACAUAAAUGUUCAACUGAAAAUAGGAAGUUUGGAAGGCAAGCGGGGACAGAAGAGCUAUAAGGCUUUGCUGGAAGACCCAAUGCUGCGUUUCUCUGGCCUCUACCAGGAGAGCUGCUCAGACUUGUAUGUUACCUGUCAGGUGUUUGCAGAGGGCAAGCCACUGGCCUUGCCUGUUCGCACAUCUUAUAAAGCUUUCAGUACCCGGUGGAACUGGAAUGAGUGGCUGAGGUUGCCGGUGAAGUACCCUGACCUGCCACAGAGUGCUCAGGUAGCGCUCACUGUGUGGGACAUCUAUGGGCCUGGACGGGCCACACCUGUAGGGGGCACCACUGUCACCCUGUUUGGGAAAUAUGGAAUGUUCCGGCAAGGCAUGCAUGACCUGAAGGUGUGGCCGGGGGUGGAGGGCGAUGGCUCGGAGCCCACUCGCACGCCAGGCAGGACGAGCAGCACUCUUGCCGAGGACCAGAUGGGCAGGCUGGCUAAGCUGACAAAGGCUCAUCGUCAGGGCCACAUGGUGAAAGUUGACUGGCUGGAUCGCUUGACUUUCAGGGAGAUUGAGAUGAUCAAUGAGAGUGAAAAACGUAGUUCCAACUUCAUGUACCUUAUGGUGGAAUUCCCCAGAGUCAAGAGUGGAGAGACUGAGUACAGUAUAGUCUACUAUGAAAAGGAUGGAGAUGAAGCAUCACCGUUGUUGACCAGUUCUGACAUAGUUAAAGUCCCUGACCCACAGAUGUGCAUGGAGAAUCUGGUAGAGAGCAAACACCACAAGCUGGCUCGCAGUCUUCGGAGCGGGCCAUCUGACCACGACCUGAAGCCCAACGCUGCCACCAGAGACCAACUCAACAUUAUUGUCAGCUACCCCCCCACCAAGCAGCUGAGCUCUGAAGAGCAGGACCUUGUGUGGAAGUUCAGAUAUUACCUCACCACUCAGGAAAAGGCCCUGACUAAGUUCCUGAAGUGUGUAAACUGGGCACUACCACAGGAAGCCAAGCAAGCGCUGGAGCUGCUGGGGAAGUGGAAGCCUAUGGAUGUGGAGGACUCUCUGGAGCUGCUCUCCUCCCAGUUCACCAACCCCACAGUCCGACGCUAUGCUGUCGCCCGCCUGCAGCAGGCUGACGACGAGGAUCUCCUGAUGUACCUGCUGCAGCUGGUUCAGGCUCUGAAGUAUGAGAAUUUUAAUGAUAUCCAGGGUGGCUUGGAGCCAGGCAGCAAGCGGGAAAGCCAGGGCGGCCUGGGAGAAAGCUCCACCCUCAGCGACCUGGACAGUUCUCAGAUUGCAUCAGCUGCUAUGGCAACCCCCAGCACACAGAAGGGCAAAGAGGUGGCAGAUGGAGAAAGCCUGGAGCAAGAUCUGUGUACAUUCCUCAUUUCACGUGCCUGCAAGAACUCAACGCUUGCAAACUACUUGUACUGGUAUGUUAUAGUGGAGUGUGAGGACCAGGACACACAGCAGAGAGACCCAAAGACUCAUGACAUGUAUCUGAAUGUGAUGAGGCGAUUCAGCCAAGCUCUGCUCAAGGGUGACAAGAAUGUUAGGGUGAUGCGUUCUCUGCUGGCUGCACAGCAGACGUUUGUUGAUAGACUAGUACAGCUCAUGAAGGCUGUUCAGAGAGAGAGUGGCAAUCGCAAGAAAAAGACAGAGAGAUUACAGACUCUCCUGGCUGAUAAUGAGAAGGUGAAUCUGUGUGAGAUUGAGCCCAUCCCUCUGCCCCUGGAGCCUCAGGUGCGCAUCCGGGGCAUUAUACCAGACACUGCUACGCUCUUCAAGAGUGCUCUGAUGCCUGCCAAGCUGAUCUUUAAGGCUGAAGAUGGGGAGCUGUAUCCUGUUAUCUUUAAACAUGGAGACGACCUGCGGCAGGAUCAGCUCAUCCUGCAGAUCAUUUCCCUCAUGGACAAGCUGCUGAGGAAAGAGAAUCUGGACCUGAAGCUGACACCAUACAAAGUGCUGGCGACCAGCACCAAACAUGGAUUCAUGCAGUUUGUGCAAUCGGUCCCUGUGGCAGAAGUCCUUGCUACUGAAGGCAAUAUUCAGAGUUUUUUCCGGAAAUAUGCCCCCAGUGAUAAAGGACCCUACGGCAUCAGCGCUGAGGUCAUGGACACCUACGUGAAGAGCUGCGCUGGCUACUGUGUCAUCACCUACAUCCUUGGAGUUGGGGACAGACACUUGGACAACCUGCUUCUUACCAAGACUGGGAAGUUGUUCCAUAUUGACUUUGGCUAUAUUCUGGGACGGGACCCCAAACCGCUGCCUCCACCCAUGAAGCUGAGCAAGGAGAUGGUGGAGGGUAUGGGUGGCACACAGAGCGAACAAUACCAAGAGUUUAGGAAACAGUGUUACACUGCCUUCCUGCACCUGCGCAGAUAUUCUAACCUCAUUUUGAACCUGUUCUCCCUAAUGGUUGAUGCCAAUAUUCCGGACAUCGCUCUGGAGCCGGACAAGACGGUUAAAAAGGUACAGGAUAAGUUCCGAUUGGACCUGUCAGAUGAGGAGGCGGUACACUACAUGCAGAGUCUGAUAGAUGAGAGUGUGGGAGCUCUGUUUGCUGCUGUGGUUGAGCAGAUACACAAGUUUGCUCAGUACUGGCGCAGGUAAAGAGGCAUGGUCAUCUAUGACAUGGAGAAGUGGACAGAUGUUGUCAUAGUAACCUAGGCAGGCAAGAACAAAUGAGAGUUGAGACAAGGAGAGAAAGAACAGUGCCAAGACCAACUCGGAGUGUGUGCAAACGUCAGUGUUUCCUCCACUGGAAACACUGCAGCUGGGCACUGUUGUUUCUGUAAAUAUUAUACAUACUAUAUGAAAUUGUAUUGCAUUGUUUAUGUAUUAAAAAAAAUCACAGUAAAAUAUAGAAAUUUACAAAGUUCUUAAAGUUGUGGAUUCCUCCUUUUGGUUGAGUUUGUAUUGAAUAUAUAGAGUUUGUCAGUUUUGUCAAUGCAAAUGAAAAGUAAGAAUGUUCCCACUGUACAUUUGACUAAACCAAAAUUAGUCAGGAAACAUUGAUACUGUGCUUUUCAAAAAGAAAAAAUUGCUUUAUACAAAUUAAAGCUAUAUAGGCUAUAGCUGCUGGUAUUAACAUUUUAGCUUCAUCUCAUGUUCCUAAUUAGCAAAAAGGGAGAUGCAUAGACCUGGGUAUCAGUUUGGUGAGAACAGUGGUUAUUUUGAAUAGUCAUGUGAGGCUCUGGUCUUUAAUUUGAGUGAGUCACCCAAUGAAUGAGUCUACUGCCAAACUGAUUCACUAUACCCACUAACAUCAUAUUCAAUAUGUGCUGUACAAGAGGAAAGAUGUGGCUAAACAUACCUGGACUGUGAAACUAACCAUGAGUGAUUUUCAAACUAACACAAUCCAUGUUGAUUCUUGAAAUUAGUAUAUUAAAGUCUAAGUGUGAUAAUCGUAUUAUAGUAUUUAAAACACAUCUGAAACUACCCAUUAUAUUUAUCCAGAAAACAAAACUAAAAAAAACUUAGAGACAUACAGAUGACAUGAACAGUCUAGUGGGUCCACACUGUCAUAUCAAGCAGUAUAAAGACUCAAACCCAGGGACUUUUUCCUGUAACACUUCACACUCUCCCCUGAUUUUUCUCUGUAUAUUUUUCAGUGCUUUCUCUCGCCUUUGUCAGCAUGUUCUGCUCAGGUCUGUGGCUUGUGGCUUUAUUAAAGCAGCACUUAUUUCCCCUU